UCCGUUUCUUUUAGAGUAUAUAUAGAUGCAACCGGAGAAAACCCAUCCUUUAUGUACCGGGAAAAAAUGUGUACGUCCAAAAAGCUGUGAAACUGUUUAACGAGAAAAUGAGGUGAAAGUGUUGAUAGUUAUGGUUCCCCUCGACUGAGGAACGGGAUAUAGAGACUUGAUACGUUGUUGUCUGGCAGCAGAUGUCAAACGUGAGAUUCAUACACUGGUCUGAACACCAUUUCAGUUAUGCGACGGCGCGUAAAGUUGAUGUAGGACGUUACUACCGCCGAGCACAGGUAUGGGAAGACAAACCAAGAGUCAUAAUCAUGUUGAAUCUAUGAUUCCGACCAUCGAUUGACUGAUCCGGACGCUACCAAGGGAGGCAACUCUGUACUCUAGCUUGGAUCUCUGUGGCCCCUGUUGUCCAGAACGUCAAGCCGAUUCUACCUUCUCCUGCGAGGCUAAUACCAGAACUCAGCUAGUAGUGGGUUUCACUUUCGUAAAGGAAAUACACACAGUUUCACAGCUAGUUGUUGUUGGAGGACAUUAAGACCACGAACUACGUGUUAUCAAGACCAAUGCAUGAUCACGUGAGGCGGAACCUGUGUCUAGCACUGCUGUGUCUGGCUGCUACAAUAUGUUGCGGUAAACAAGUCUGUACCUUCACUGGGUUGGCUGAUACUGCGGGAAAUAACGAUGACUGGCGAGAUUACAAGUUUAUGGCGAAUCCUGACAACUGUAAGGAGAUUUGCAGCUCCGAAUCGUGGUGCACUGCUGCAGAGUUUGACUUUUACAGCCGCUCUUGUUACCUGUUCAAAGGAGACACGCCCCUUUCCCACAAGAAAGACAGUGUGUUCAUGAAGAAAGUGUGCACUGAAGUCACAACGACCUCUCCGGCAACAGAGUCAACUGCACCUGAAUCCAGAACACGAAUGUCGACAUCCACAGAAAGCACGGUGCCAACGCAGAGAAUGUCCAAGAAAGUUCGUCCAUCCAGAAAAAAGAAGAAGAGACGUAAGCCCGUGUCGUUAAUGGUUAAAAUGUUGCAUCGGCAUUCAAAGGGGGAUCGAAUAACCCCCACAGUAGCAUUCACUACUACGGCAGCACCAACUACUCCCGCACCAACUACUCCCAUAGCAACAUCUUCAAGCACAAAGAAAUUACAAGUGUCCAUCACAUCAAGGCCAAUUAAAAGAUCUAGGAAGAGGAUAUACACCAAAAGAUCACGGAAGGGACAAAGUUCACGAAAACCGAAAAAGUCACGAAGGGUGAAAAAGAUCCGUAGGAUCAUAAAGUCAAGGAAACCGACCCAGCCGCCAAAACCUGUUCUGAAGAAAACGCCAGUGCCGAAGAUAACUAUAUCGUACAACACCCGAAAACGUCCCCACUUAUCAAAACUAACACAAACUCGCAAGCCAAUCAAUAUUGCUUCGACAACAACAGCUGUUCCAUUUAUAGACUUGAAUAUAGACAGUUCAUCGAAAGAAAUUCGAAUAAAGGCAGAGAAUAUAACCGAAAGAAAGCAGAAAUCUACCUAUCGCAUGCCAGAGAUAAGUAUACGCUCAAAGGUAUCAGUUAAUCCGGUCGCUAGGGAUGCAAAUAAGGUGGAUGCCUCUCGGGCACUUCAUCGUGGAAUGACAUCAGCCAGACAUGGUUGCUUCUACCGUUGCCCGUCAAUGUUAGAGUGGUACACACGGCAUGGACAGUCUGUACCAUUCACGAGGAGAGCUUAUUUCCAACCACUAUAUCGUAUACGAAUUCCAAUCCGGCUACGGAUUCCAGCUUUCCGGCAGACACAUCCUGUACAACCACCUCAAAUGACUGGUACAAACCCUUUUCUAAAUGCGAAUCAAAAUCCUAGACAGGUCGCUUUCAAAAACACAACACAACAUCAAAUACAGAAACCAGUCACAAAACCUGGUACGAACCCUGGUCACAAUCCUGCGAAGAACCCUGGUCACUAUCCUGCGAAGAACCUUGGCCACAAUCCAGGAAAAGAACAUGGACACAAUCCUGGUAGGAACCCUGGUCACAAUUCAGGUAAAAACCCUGUGCACAAUCCUGGAAAGAACAAUGGAUACAAUCCUGGUAAGAACCCUGGUCACUAUCCUAUGAAGAACCCUGGCCACAAUCCUGUAAAACCCUGGUCACAAUCCUGUAAAGAACCCUGGUCACAAUUCAGGUAAAAACCCUGGGCACAAUCCUGGAAAGAACAAUGGACACAAUCCUGGUAAGAACCCUGGUCACUAUCCUGGUAAGAACCCUGGCAACAAUCCUGUGAAGAACCCUGGCCACAGUCCUGUGAAGAACUCUGGCCACAAUCCUGUGAAGAACCCUGCUCACUAUCCUGUGAAGAACCCUGGCCACAAUCCUGUGAAGAACCCUGGUCACUAUCCUGUGAAAAACCCUGGUCACUAUCCUGUCCAGAAUCCUAGUCACUAUCCUGUCCGGACUCCUGGUCACUACCCUAUCCAGAAUCCUAGUUACUAUUCACGCCGAUAUCCUGUUUACAAUCCUGUACAUUAUUCUGUUCUACAGUACUGGAGGCAACGGAUGCCGCCAGUCUAUUUUAACUCUGGGUAUCCAGCUCGCCAUACAGCCACAGCUUAUUAUACACCUCAAAGAAAUCCAUGGGCAAACAACUUUCAGAGAGCUCAGCUGGUACCGAAAAAGACGCAUCACGUGGCUGUGAUUCCAGGUGGCCUGUACAAGCCUGUUCCAACAAGAAGACGUGUCUAUAAGCAACCGUACACAUACAAGCCUAAACCAACCACAACGCAAACACCAAUGCCACCAAAACAAUACGUGAAAACCACCGAAGAAGCAAAGAAGAUCCCAAAACCAUCACCUAAGCCGAGGCAAGUCAAGAGAUACCAGAAGUCACACGUCUUGAGGGUGAAAGAAAAACCGAAGAAAGUUGAUACCAGCACCCCCCAGAAUGACCAACAGUGGCAGUUUAAGCCUCAUUACAACACAUACACACUAAGAUUACGCCUUCGGAAGCCCAUUUCGGGAUACAAGAAAUGUUACUUAAGACAGCAGCUUCCAUCUCCACCAAAGAUCCUCGUGGUUUCCUUCAAAGUCGAUGGUAGUUUUAAUGCAAAAUCACUCCCAGUUACGUACCCGAGAAGGAUAUGUACAUUCAUCCAGCCAGGCGGCAGGUAUCCUGAGUUUAGACUCCCCUCGCCCCUGGUGAUUUUCACAGGGACAUCCUAUAUAAGAAAUCAAAUGACAUAAAGAAAAUAUAUGCUGCCACUGCUCCCAAAGCAGAGUACGACGUGAAGUCAAUACAACAGAAAGCAACUCUAAACCGAUACACCGCAGUGUACAACAGUCCACCGAUAUUCAGACAGUUGAAGGUUCCACUCGAAAUUAGUUCUGCUGUGGUCAGUUUUGAUAUGACAAGAAUGGGAUUCCUUUAUCACUUCACUGUUAGACUGCCGAUGACUCUUCGCAGCAGAAACAUCAUGGUGGAGGAUUAUCUGUCAAGGGACAUAACCUCAUUGAAGGUGCAUCCGCAACCAUUUGUUCGAAGGGGAUGAACUGAACUGUGGAAGAUGCAGCGUUCCAGCUUCUUCAUAUUUCUUACUGGUUCGCUGUAGAACCCGAUGUAACGCUUUACUCGAAACAGAACUGCCUCCAAAGGCUUUUACAGUGGAACCCCAAACGUCCGGACUUUCAUAUUUAAGAGUGUCUACAUACAAAGGGACAUUACUCUACAUCGGUUCAUUUAAUAUUUGGCAAACCGGAUGUUGAUUUUGUACCAAUAGUUAAUAUUCAGAAACCUGGAAUUGUUUCGAAAAAUGUUUUGUUCCAGAAAGAAAACGUGGACAAAUAAUUUGUCUUUAACACAAAAUAUAUUCGAUGGACAUGCUUCAUGUCCUAAUAAAAAUUUGUUGAGGAAAAUAUUGGACUCCAAAAACAAACGCCUGCCCCCAGAACAACAAUUGGUGAAUUCCUUUGGGGAUUCACAGAAUUCCUUAUAACGGGAUUCAUCAUGCAUUUGGCCAGAUCGUGUACUAUUAGGAAAAUUGUUGUCAUUAUGAUGAUAGAUUGUAUAUAUUGCCUGUGAAUAUUGCCGUUAUGUACCAGUUUUAUGAUUGGACCAUAUAGAUACUGGCUAUCCUUAACGUAACGGGUUUUUAAGUUUUCUAAUCAUUAAAGACAAUAAUUAAUAGUGAACAAAAUCUCAUAUGGAUAACAUAUAUAGAUAAUUGGAAAAUGGAGACAUCGACGUUAUAUAUGUACCUUUACAUGUACCAAUUCAGGAUAUUUCGAAGGCAACAUAAUUUUCACUCGGCGAAGAGUAUAAAUAUAGAAAUAUGUAUCAUUGUGUAUGUAUCACAAGAAUGCCUUAAUUAAUUUAAACAUUACAUAAUAUUUUCUCCUCAUAAGCUCGAAAUAAAAAGCAGUGCCAACGACGAGACAUCCAAGAAUGAUUUGUUUUAGAGCUUAAGGAUUUCCUUUCAGAGAGGUCACAUAUUAUGUGCCAAUGUUACCAUAAGAGUUUUGUAUCGCGACCCCUGCAUAAGUCGUUUACGGCAUUGCAAGUGGAUGUAGAGCUGCGUCCCGUAGCACGCCUGGAUUCUAUGAUCGUUGUUUCGCAGCAAUUGUGUCUGUAGGCUUGUCAGCACCAUCCCAAUGGUCGUGGUUGUUUCCAAAGUGGCAAACAUAUAAGACUGGUAACACUUUUGAGUUGCCUCCCUGAUUAAGAUACAAAAGUGAAGGGUAGCAUGGUAUUCAAACUAUUAACUGUCCGAUUAUUACGGCGACAGGGCCGUCGUUUCUAUGUCAUUCUAACGUUAAGGACGCCAUUACCGCAAUUAUAUAAUGGCACGUGUAAUUAAAUGAUCAAAUCCGACAUACCUGCUAUAACAAUCUAAAAACAUAUGCAAAUGAGCUCAUUUAACGUGGCAUUUUUAAGAUAAUUUACAAAAUACUGAUGCGAACUAUACGUGCGAAAUAAACAAUUCCCUAUGUUCCCCAAAUAGUUCAGAUAGCAGUCUUUCGAUGUGAAAAAAAGUUCGCUACGAGUCACCUUGUAAUGAUGAAUAGGGCGAUUAGCUAAACAUAGUAAUCAAUCGAUUGUUGUAAUGCUAUUUCAACGAGUUAAACUAUUUUUCGAUUACUUUAAGAAUAAUGUUAUAUAAUAUGUGUGACUAUUGAUUGUGUUAUUACCCGUGAUUCCACGUGGUAAAUAUAUGAUACAAAAUGAAAACAAUAUGUUUAAUCAUUGCUACCACAACAAAGGACAUUUUAGGAUCUGCUCAGACAUAUGCCCGAACUUCCCCGAGUUUUCCCGAGCUCUCGAAACCCCCUUAUCGUUGCUGGGUGACUAUCCCGAGUUCUUUGUCAGUGAGGUUUGGAUACUACUGUUCCGAAUGUAUGACAACGAUACCGAAACACACUAAAUAAUAUUGGUUUAAAUGUUAGUUUGCUAUAACCUAUAUGUAUUUGUGUACAUUGACAUGAUUACUUAUGUACACAUAACUUCUCUUCAUAUAUCAUGAAACUUAUUUAUAUUUGUCUUUCAUAGAAAUUGUUUCAGUUACAAUGACGUCUAUUCACACAUGUAAGUCCAGAAAAUAUGUAUAAUUUGCGUUCUUCUUUUCUAAUAAAAGGUAGAAAAUUGA